AUGCAGCGCUUUGCAAAUCCACUUCUCAGGCACGUCAUCCACAGAGGCUACUUCGAUGCUGCUUCACAGACGCAGUGCCUGCAAUAUUUAAGAGCUCUGCGGACGCUGCAGCUUAAGGGCUUCAACACCGUUUUUUUAGGAGAAACAGAUAUUCCAGAAAGCCUCAUAACAGGAGAUAAAACAGCUGAGGAAGAUAGUCUGAGCUGGCCAAUAUGGACACUUGUUCAUGCUGGUAGCAGCCAAGGGUGGGUGCCUUGGAGGUACAGACUGCUGUUAAGAGAUAAACUGUUCAUUGAUUGGCAGGAAGCCAUCUUUCAGGAGUUAUGUGAUUCUCUGACUCUAUCCUAUGGGAAAUGUGUGAUUGUGACACGGGACAAAAGGCAGUCCACACAUGUGGGGACAAAAGAAGUCAAGGAGACAGGCACUCAGCCUCCAGUCCCACCAGUCAUCUACAUGUCCAGCAUUAAGUGUUGCCCUGAAAUUGCUAGAGCCAAUGGCCAUGAGCUUCUCGCUGUGCCUUCAUCUUACAGCUAUCUCUAUCCUGUGGAUGUUGCCUGGUCUUCUUUGAAAUGGUUUAUUAUAAACAACAGGCAGGGCUUUGCCCUGAGGUCUAUUGGGAGGACCUAUUCCUAUAGGUGUAUCCUCUUCAGUGACUUGAUUAUGAAAGGAAUAGAGAAGAUGACUCCAAGAAAAUGGAAGGUAGCGAUUAACAGAGUGAAGAGAUGGGAGAACUACUACCUGGACACAUUUUCUUAA